UAAGGCGUUAGAACGGAUACCAUAAUAGUUUGGAUUUUAUUGGUCGAUAGUUAUGACAUUCUAAAUGCUUUGCCAGUCUGAUGCCGCUUAAGAUCUUUUCAUUGGUCAGGUGCACCUCGCAAUCAGAAUCGGUGACAGUUUUCGGGUUUAUAAGCCCAGGGAUUUGGUCUAGCAAUUUAGUUGGUUCCAUUAAAACAAGAUCCCCACGCAGAUUGAAUCCUUUGGUGCUUUGCUCUGCGUGAUUGCGUUCGGAGCAUUCGUCGAUUGAGACUAACUGCGUUCCUGCUAGAAGUCUGGAAAAAGAAACCAAAAUGGUAUUUCAGGUGGGAGUGAGAUUUACCGCGCUAAUCUUGUCCAUACAUCUGCUGUUGCGGGCUGCCUACCAUCCUUGCUUUGCACAACACAGCGACGCCGAGAUGACACCACCACCUUCCAAAGAUUCGUGCUGCAACCCUUGCUUCCAGGGUCCAGCGGGAGCAGCCGGCCAGCCGGGAAUUCCAGGCGUUCCAGGCCAAAAUGGCCAGCCGGGGUCAAGAGGCCAGAAAGGUGAGCCAGGCGUUGGUCGUCAUGGACCCAAGGGAGACACUGGCGAUAGUGGACAGAAGGGGGACCAGGGAGAGCCGGGGGUUGAAGGACUCAUUGGCCAGCCAGGGAUGCAGGGCCCUACCGGUCCCAGUGGCGAGAAGGGGGUCAAGGGUGAGCCCGGAGAGUCGACCUACGUCACCCUAACACCGCCCUCUGUCGUUGCUUUCAUGGCUCAAUUGGGCAGCAGUCAUUUCAUAGGUAAUCCUGGAGAUAUUAUCAUCUUUGACAAUAUCGAAGUGAACAUCGGAGACGCGUACGAUUCUGGUACUGGAGUAUUCACCUGCUCCGUUGCGGGUGUUUAUUUUUUCAGCGUGACCUUUUUGAGCUAUCACACAGGGCCGACGCUGGAUGCAGUUUUGAGAAAGAACAGUGCAGAUAUUCUUUACGUUUAUGACAACCAUCCAGGCUUUCAUCACCAGUCCAGUAAUUCAGCCGUCCUCGUACUAGCCAGCGGGGACACAGUUCGUCUUGUGCAUCGGAGUGCUAGCGGAGGGAAAAUCCACUGCUGCCCAUAUUCUUCCUUUACUGGAUUUCUGAUCCAAGCCAUGUAGCAAACCCAUAGCAAGCCCAGGUACACGUGAUUAGUAGAAGCAAUGGAAGGGAAUGGAUAGUGGAAAGUUAAAUACCUUUUCAAAAUGCUUUUCUAGCGUAGGACUGCAAUCACAAACUCAAAGCGUAACGAUGACAGGUUGGAAAUUUAAAUUUGGGACUCACGUGCUACAAAGUCCAACCAUAUUUCUUUAUUUCUUUUACUUCCAUACUGUUUUGUAUAGUAACAACCUCUACAGAAAAAUAAUCAACAAUAAUGCUUUUCAGAUGAAAGGUUCUGAUUAGAGAAACAGUAAGUAAAGCAAAUUUAAAUUUGGAAAUUGAUAUCGGACUGUCAACCGAUCUGUACUUGCGACUGGUCUUGUAAUUAUCUUCGUUACUAAAGAUUAUUUUGAAAUUCAUGUUUUUGGGCAUCAGACUUCAGAGCCGGAGAGAAAUCUCAUCUAAGCAGGACUUAAUAAAAAGUAAUGAAAAAGACUUAUAUCACAGUCGAUAAGCGACGUGAUUGGCCGAUCUGAAACCGGCAGGUGUAUCACUCUGUAAAGCUGAUUUUCAAAAAGUCACUGUCAAGAGAGUCAAGCAGUUAGAGUUUAAAAAGGCGUUGGAAGGGAUAGCAUAAUAGUUGGGAUUUUAUUGGUUGAUAUGACAUUCCACUGUUUUGCAUGGCUGACGUUGCAUCCAGAUAUUCUCAUUGGUCAGCUGCUAUAAGUGAUCUGUAUCCGUGACCAGUUUUUGAGGUUAAAAGUUCCAUUAAAACAAGGCCAGCACAGAGAUCGA